UGCCCGGCUGCGGCGCUCCCGGCCCGCGGCGGCGGCGGCGGCGGAGGAAGUUUCCGCUUUGCACUUACCCCGGUAGCAGCUCCGCGACAGGGACAGCUUCCUCCGGACGCUUGGCGGGCUUCGCUCUCGCCUUACGACAGCCCGGUCGGAUCAUGGGGUUGCCCAAGGGGCCGGAGGGCCAGGGUCUCCCGGAGGUGGAAACUAGAGAAGAUGAAGAACAAAAUGUCAAGUUGACUGAAAUUCUGGAGCUCUUGGUUGCAGCUGGGUAUUUCAGGGCAAGAAUUAAAGGCUUGUCUCCCUUUGACAAGGUAGUAGGAGGAAUGACUUGGUGUAUCACCACUUGCAACUUUGAUGUAGAUGUUGAUUUGCUCUUUCAAGAAAACUCUACGAUAGGUCAAAAAAUAGCUCUAUCAGAAAAAAUUGUCUCGGUCCUGCCAAGGAUGAAAUGCCCACACCAGUUGGAACCCCACCAGAUCCAGGGGAUGGAUUUUAUUCACAUAUUUCCGGUUGUUCAGUGGCUGGUGAAACGAGCUAUAGAAACAAAAGAAGAGAUGGGUGACUAUAUCCGCUCCUACUCUGUAUCCCAGUUCCAGAAGACUUACAGUCUCCCUGAGGAUGAUGACUUCAUAAAGAGAAAAGAAAAGGCCAUCAAGACAGUUGUGGACCUCUCAGAAGUGUACAAGCCCCGUCGGAAAUACAAACGCCACCAGGGAGCAGAGGAGCUGCUUGAUGAAGAAUCUCGAAUCCAUGCUACGCUUUUGGAAUAUGGCAGGAGAUACGGAUUUAGCCGCCAGAGCAAAACGGAGAAGGCUGAGGACAAGAAAACAGCGCUUGCAGCAGGCCUGUCAGCUACAGAAAAAGCUGAUGCCCACGAGGAAGAUGAGCUUCGAGCAGCUGAAGAGCAGCGUAUUCAGUCGCUGAUGACCAAGAUGACCGCCAUGGCAAAUGAGGAGAGCCGUCUCACCGCAAGCUCCGUGGGCCAGAUCGUGGGACUCUGCUCUGCCGAGAUCAAGCAGAUUGUGUCCGAGUAUGCAGAGAAGCAGUCUGAGCUAUCAACUGAAGAAAGUCCAGAAAAAUUAGGAACCUCCCAGAUACAUCGUCGGAAAGUCAUUUCCUUGAACAAACAGAUUGUGCAAAAGACCAAACAUCUUGAAGAGCUGCGAGCAAGUCACACCAGCCUACAAGCCAGAUAUAAUGAAGCCAAGAAAACGCUGACGGAGCUGAAGACUUAUAGUGAGAAACUGGACAAAGAGCAAGCAGCCCUCGAGAAGAUAGAAUCCAAAGCUGAUCCAAGUAUCCUACAGAACCUGAGAGCACUUGUAGCCAUGAAUGAAAAUCUGAAAAGUCAAGAACAGGAAUUUAAAGCACAUUGUCGAGAGGAGAUGACACGGCUACAGCAAGAAAUUGAAAACCUGAAAGCUGAGAGAGCACCACGUGGAGAUGAAAAGACCCUCUCCGGUGGAGAGCCGCCUGGUACCUUGACCUCUGCAAUGACUCAUGACGACGACCUAGACAGGCGGUAUAAUAUGGAGAAAGAGAAACUUUACAAGAUACGUUUACUACAGGCUCGAAGAAAUCGAGAAAUAGCAAUUUUGCACCGCAAGAUUGAUGAAGUCCCUAGCCGUGCCGAGCUGAUACAGUAUCAGAAGAGAUUUAUUGAACUCUACCGCCAGAUUUCAGCAGUGCACAAAGAAACCAAGCAGUUCUUCACUUUAUAUAAUACCCUGGACGAUAAAAAGGUUUAUUUGGAAAAAGAGAUUAGUCUGCUGAACUCAAUUCAUGAGAACUUCUCACAAGCCAUGGCCUCCCCUGCCGCCCGGGACCAGUUUUUACGUCAGAUGGAGCAGAUUGUGGAAGGAAUUAAGCAAAGUAGAAUGAAGAUGGAAAAGAAAAAGCAAGAGAACAAAAUGAGAAGAGACCAGUUGAAUGACCAGUACUUGGAGCUGUUAGAAAAGCAGAGGCUAUACUUCAAGACUGUGAAAGAGUUCAAGGAGGAGGGCCGCAAGAAUGAGAUGCUGCUGUCCAAGGUGAAAGCGAAGGCCUCCUGAACAUCCCCAGCCAUGGUUGUAUGUCCUUGAUUUUACUUUUAAGCACCGUAUAUCAACUACAAGAUCAUGAAAUGGUUCUGAAAGCGACAGUAGAGAGAUGCAGGUGUAAUGGUUUCAACAGCCUGGAUGUUUUCUUUCUCCUCUUUGCUUCCAUUCAUCUCUGUUGGCUGCUGUUGAUGGAAUCAGACCGUAAACGUGGUUUGGAUAACACCCAUCAUCCUGUGAAGAAUGUCAGCAGUACUUUUCUCUGUUGAUCAACUUUUAUGUCUCCAGUAACAUUGCACUUACAAAGGUACCUGUAUUUGUGUAGACUCUGAAUAAAGAAGAAUUCAUUUGUUUAGCAAGUAUUAAUCGAGCACCCACUGAGAAAUAAGCACUGAGGAAGAUUCAGAGACAUGUAAAACAGAGUUCCUACUGCACAGGCACCCAGCAGGUGGCCCAGGGAGGCAGAUACACAGCACACUUGACCACAGAACUGGACCAUCUGAGAUGUUUUUCAGUAAACAGAAGGCAUGUAGCUGAAAUAAUCAGCCCAUGUAGUGUUGGUCACUUGGGCCUUUCACCUGCCAUGGUACCUUUUGUUCCUAGCUCCUCCAGGUGCCAACCAGCAGGCUUGGUGACAGCAACCGGAAUGAAAGUUCAGUGUCGUUUUAAUUUUUAUACGUUACUCAGGUUUAUUUCUCAGAAAAUUGAAAACAGACUUUGUGCUGAGGAGACUUCAAUAAAAAUUACACCUUCCCCUGCCCCAAUGUUCAUUUGAGUCACAGCAUGCAGAGGGGCUGUGCAUCCCCUUCAUUGAAGGCACAUUCGAUGAGGCUACACUGCAGAUGGGUCAUGAUCUGAGCCAGGAGAGAGAGAGAGACACUGUUCCCUGCACUCAAGGCAAGUAGGGUGUCAGGAGGAAGAGCAGUGGGGUUUGCAGAGAUCCAGGGAACUUCCUGGAGGAAGCAGCAUUUGGGCCCAAUCUAAAGGGAGAAUCGGAUGUUGACAGGCAGGAAGAUUGUUUUAAAUGAAAAUACACUAUGAUUAAAAACCCAAGAGGAUGCAGAGGAGUGCAAGGCAUGCGUGUUGGGAAAGGAGGAGAUGAACUGGUAGGGCUGAGACUAGACUUUGGAGGGCCUUGGAAGGGCAGCUGACGGUUGACUUUAAUCCUUGGAAAUGACCAGUGCAGGUCAGACACGGAGCUCCUGCUGCCCUGGUCCUCAGGAGUCUGGUAACUCAGUCAUGUUCAGUAGGUUUGUGCUCCUUUCUGCAUAAAUCUUGCAAACAUACCAGGCGGCAGGUUUGGACGGUAACACAAGAGCUGAAAUAUGUCAACCAAGUGGGGCAUGCAGCAGCCACAGAAAUGUGUUCAUUUUUAGUUCCCUAAUGGAUGUGAUUAAGCAGGGCUGACAUGUACAGAUUUAAAAACACACACGUGCUGGAUUAAAAACAGCCACUGGUUUCAGUACCAGGGCCAGCAAGGCCUGCCUGAGCCAGGGGGAAGCAGCAGCUUGCAAAUAGAAACUGCCACGUGAGGGCGCUUCUUGGGCCAUGCGCAGCUCCGCCUCAGCUGGUCCCUGAGCCGCGGUCAUGUGGGGGUUUUGAAGGGCUGGGUGAAGUUGAGGCAGUCAUUGCAAAAGAACAGGUGGCACUUUGAGGGCAGGGGAAGGAGACAGAAUUUUGACUGCGUUUGAAAUUAUUUCAGUCAGGGAAACAUCUGCGUUAUCUUGUUAAGCAGCUUGUAGGCCCACCCCUGGCUAACUGGACUUUGUGAGCAGUUGGGGCAGUUAUUGGAGUAUUUGUCCGCAGAUGGUAGGGGAGGCAGAUGGCAUUUGGAGGUUACUGGAGUCCACCUCUGUGCUGAUGGAGAAAGCACGGCAUGAUUAAUCCAAAGCAGCCAGUAAUUCUUUUUGAAAGUGCAGGCAUUUAUCUUGAGCUGUGUUUCACAGGAGUUUCAUUUGGUUUGGUUUUGGUAUAGAGAGGUGUCCAUAGAUCUCUAUUCCCUUUUUUUAAAUCCACAAGGCCGACUACGGAUAAAUCAGUUUCUGUUGCCUGAAUACACUUUUAAUUAGACUACAGAAGCCAGUUUGAGCUCAAAUUUCACUCUUGCUGCAGGCAGCCCUCAGUGUGGACAGUGUCUUUCUGAGUAAUUGGGAUAUGACUUUAUAAUGAAGCCAUACAGGCUAAGGAGAUGCCCCAAGCCCCCGAUCAUUUCAGAAACCACCUGGAGAGCCAGAAGGGGUCUUCCCAGGGCUAUGGCUCUCUGUGUGCCUAGACAUAGUGUGGCGUUAUGCUCUAAGCCCACAGGCUUCUCCAGAGUUAAAAGGAUCAAAUGUGCGCUUCAGGAGGAACCAGGUUUCCCCAGGAGGGACAGCUCCCUGCUCAGUCAGCACAGGGAGUUGCGGCGGGCAGGCUGCACAGUGCUGUGGAAUCGCCGCCAGCCUCUGGGCUGGGGGCUCCUUCCCACCACGUGCUGCUUAAGGCGUGCAUGGGACUGCUCUGCUUAAGCCGCAGUCAGAGCUGUUGUGAGCAGGACAAGAUUGGGUGAUCGCAAGGUGCGUGGGGAGAUGCUAGGACAUUUUUUGAUGUCUUUGACCUGUGCUCUGUCUCUACUGGAUGACUGGGAUUAGCUGACACCACUAGAAGGAGAUGCAGAGUGUUAACCAGUCGUCAGAGUCACACUGAGGGGUGUUUUAACAGACGGCAAAUUCCCAGUUUGUCAAGCGUAUCUCUGUUAGAGUCUGAAGUUCAUCGUUUCAAUGGUUCUAGCUCGUAGCCCUUACAUAUUUUCAGGAUAGUUGGGUCCUGCCAGUGUCCGCUGAGUCUGUGAGCACAACCAGAAGGCCCGGGCGUGGGAAGCAUUCUCUGACAACACCGAGCCCUUGGGACCUCCUGAAACCUUGAGCAGAGGCUGGAGAAGGCCUUCAGACCGUCCUUUCACUACCUCACCAAGUGUCAUGCCUGGGACCUCAGACCUCAGGGUUGUGACGUCGAUGUUGGCAGGCCCAAGUCACGUCUCUAGUGAGCGAAGCAGACCUUCCUGAAAGGGUACUCUGAACAGUGAGCCCUGGCCGUAACCUGUGCCCUCAUAUUUCUGCUGCCUCAGAUGGUCUUGUUCGCCCACUCUGUAGGUGACUGAUGAUCACCCUAAAAGGGAGGUAGGCAUCCAACAGUAGCACAGUUACUUUGAGCCUGACCCCUCGCUCUGAAGUGCUGAUGCUGAGUUGAAACAUGCUCUGAGGAAGAACACUUUAAGGAAGCACUUUAUGAUUUACUCUUGGCUGGUGUUGGCCUCAAGGUAAAAGAACAUCUUAACGCAGAACAGUACAACAAAGUGCCCCAUAGGAUGGGUGCCAUCAUCUGUCCCCGUGGUUGGGAUUCCCAAGGAAAGUGCCUUGUUCCGUGCAUCUUCAGAAUGCCCCACGCCCUCUCUCGAUCCUUUUCAUGAAGUGCAGAGCAUUCCUUCUGUGCCAGGCUGAAGAUGCAUUGUAAAAGGUAGUGCUGUAGUAGUAUUCCCUCUUCUCACAAUGAAUGUGCAAAACUCCUGGAGGAUUUGGUGCCCGAUCUGCAGCGUACUUGACAACACAGGGAAUACCGUGGGUGCUCCACACCAGCCUUACAUCCGUCCCCCAAAUGUGCCGAACUCAUGCCUGCCCAGGGCCACCGGGUCUGGCCCUGGGCAACAAAAGUAAGGGCCUGUCUUACCACAGUCUCCCCAGCAUCUAGCUCAAGGUAGAUGACUGACUGGGAAAUUCCGGUUGGAUAAAAUGGCUUUUCCACAUGGCAGCUUUGCAUCUCUGUUAGCAAAAUUUAGAUUGAACCUUUCCUCUACUUAAUGCUUAGUUUGAGGACAGGUAAACAUUCACAACUUUAGAGGGUCUUAGAGUGUGUUACACAGUAACCUUGAAGUUUGAGAUGAAACAAGGUGUCAGAGGUUUUGAAUCUUUCAAAGGAAUUGCCUUUUACAGAUUUUUUUUUAUUCCCCAAGAAGGGAAAAAGAGAGGGAAGAACUACAGUAAUGUUAGAGAUAAGGUAUGUUUCGGCUCAAAAUGUGUCAUGAAUCUAAAGGUAACUUGAUGGGUAGAAAUGUCUCAGCCAUGUGAACCAAGAAGUGGGACCACAGUGCAAGGCUGUGGGUGGCAGCACUAGAUACAGUGGUGGCAGGAGUGUGACAUGGAGGCACUCCAUGGGGGACAGCCAGACAGUGUCUAUCAAAAGUGCAAAUGCAUCAGCUUUUUGAACUAAGAAUUGUACCUGUGUACAAGGGUUUUUGUUGAAACAUUGUAAUAGCAAAAGGUUGGAGAGUGCCACCAGUAUAGGGGAAUGAUUAAAUACAUUACGACCAGCUUAAACAAUGGAAGAGUUUGCAGAAACUUAAAACAAUGGAUCCCGUGUGUGUAUACUACCAUAGAAUGGUCCCCAAGAUGCAUGAUUCAGUGGGGAAAAAAAGAAGCCCAUGGUAUCUUAAUGUUUGGAAUGGAGAAAAAUGUGUAGAUGUAUGUGUGUGCAUGUUUUCACACAGACAUAUACACAUGUAUAUCAUGUCUGCCUGCAUAUGCCUAGGAUUUCUCUGGGAGGAUACCCAGCAACCUGGCAGCCUGAUUGCCUCUGGGAAGAGGGGUGGGAAUGACUUUUCAAUGUACACCUUUUGUACCUUUUGAAUUUUGUACCAUGUACAUGUAUUAUCUAUUAAAAAUAGUUUUUAAUUUUUAAUUUGGUUUACUUUUCUUAAAACAGUAGAACCAAAAUGGAAGAAGAUUCUGAUUCACUAAAUCUGCUUUCUUAAAGAUAAAGCCUUUGAUUCAAAA